AUGAAUAUAAUCUUCGUCAGCGGUCUCAAGGUCUCCACUUCUAAAAUGCUCUCCUUGUAUCUUUUGCUUAUCUUUUCAGUCACUUCUUGUUACGGAUACUAUACAGUUAUAGAUGCUAAUUCAGAAGAAUGCUUUUUUGACCGUGUUAAUAGUGGCAGCAGGCUUGCAUUAUAUUUUGAAGUCGCUGAAGGUGGUUUUCUUGAUAUAGAUGUUGCUGUGUACAAUCCUACUGGUGUCAAAGUAUUUGAAGCUCUCAAAAAAACAAAUGGAAAGCCUGAGUUCCUUGCGAGCGAGUCUGGGGAUUACAAGUAUUGUUUUGGAAAUCGUAUGAGUUCCAUGACACCAAAGGUGGUUCUUUUCGAAAUGGCUGUAGAAGAAGAUCAUCUAAAAACUAAUGAAAGCGAUGAUGAAGCUCAUAAAAAACUGGUGUCUAUGGUUAAUGAACUAUCACAUUCCAUCUCUUCAGUUAAAUUAGAGAUGGAAUAUGUAAGCCUGAGAACACAACUACAUUGGAAUAUUAACAGAAACACGAAUUUCCGUGUGGUCAUUUGGGCAGCAUUUGAAUCACUUAUAAUCGUCGCAAUGAGCAUUGGUCAAGUAUUCUAUCUCAAGCGUUUCUUUGAAGUCAGGAGAUUA